GCGGGGCCUAAAGAUCAUACUUGGUUGAAUGGCAAUACGAAGACAAGAAACACCAAAACGGAGGGUAACGCUUAAUCAAUUCUGUGUGCCUCGGUCUUGAGAAUCUGCAGAGAAAGGACGUGCAGCAGUGUCAAUACGCAGCUCCGCGCGAGCAGGGCGGAUUCGACGCUCCUGUCGCGUGACAGUUCAUCUUCUCAUCUAGACGCCAGCGCUGGUGAUGUUGCUGCUACUGCACCAAGAGCACUGGAGAUACCUGUCUGCACAGCACGGAUGAAGACUCCUUGACCAAAGGACACUUGUGAGGUCAUCUCGGGGUGACGCAGCUGACCAUGCAGGAGCGCUGGAAAGCGCAGGUUUUCACAGCAAUCGUGGUCAUGUAAUCAUCUAGUGGGCUGCGACCUCUUAUUCACAGGUGUACAGCUUGCGUGGAUCAAUGCAUCAGUGCGCACGCACCAUGGAUUCGUGCACUGCACUUCUAGCUCAGACCAAACCACACUUUUGCGGACACUAUUUGUUCCUGUCAUCAAAACGUGGAGAUCUAGCGUGAUGGGCGUAGGGUCAGUUCUCAUUAAUCUGGACUAAAUAACGCAGUUUUAAGGAGUGGGCGAAUUAUACAGUGACUUAUUGGUGGGCAGACUAUUUUAAAAGAAUUUUGCCUUUUUUAAAAGAAAUAAAUCUGUUAAAUUAUUAAACGUAAACAUAAUUUGGAGGGGAACCAACAGUCUUUCGAGGUUGGUCUCGCACAAACGCAAAUUGCCAUUUGGCGCCACUAACAAAUAUCAGCUUCCGAGAGUCUUCUAAACAAAUUUGUGAUACGUAACUCUAUAAUAAAGCGAUACUUUAGUUCUUGUCGUGCUUCAUGGACGCCUCGAAACUAACCGCAGUAGAAAGCUGGCGCUCAGCUUACUGUUGUUAUGGUUACGUUACCUCAUCUGGCUAAUGCGACUUCUGUUUGUUAGCUUCCGUUUAUCGACAAAUGAAAACACGCGCUCCGACUAACUUUUAUAACUAUUUACAGUGCUGAACCGUUUCAACCCUACUCACAGGUCUGCUUACCUACAUAUACUGUAUGCUUGUGUGGUUCAUUUACUCCGAUGGUUCAAGUCUUAUUUAGGGGGUUGAAUCCCUAAAAUGCCUCCUAGUAAUUUGCACCCGGAGGUGAUUUGUGCAUUAGUAUCUAUGAAUUGAAAUGGGGCGCACAAAUACUCCCUCUGCUGUUUAAGUUACCUCCUAAUGCUCUAGCCACUCGAGGAUGUGUCCCAAACGACUACUCUGUGAAUUUAAUUAUUUAAAGUCCUCUGUUAUGUAAAAACGAGCGGAUUGACUUGCAAAAUGUGUUUAUCUCUCUCGGAGAGUUUGACUACAACGACUGUACUCACUGUACAUUGGUCCUAAUUUAUAAAAGCAGUAUGCAGAAUGCUGCUUUUAUAAAUUACAAAAUGGACCACUUUUACUAGUUCCUUUUUUUUCAGUGAGAUGCACGUCUAUAUCUCUCUCUCUCACACACACACAUAAUUUUGGUUUAGGCUACUUUAUUUGAAGUCAUCAGCUAACUGCCAAGUUGUGUCUUAAAUGGGCAAAUAACUUUAAUAUAGGCCGUGUUCCCCCAAAGUAAUCCCUUCUUCAGUGUAAGAACACUUUAUUUGGGAUCACACACACAUGAUUGACAAGUUAUACAGUGUGCGAAUAAUUUAAAUCCGUCACCGUUCUUUUUCGGUUCGUUCCGCGUAACCCAAAUUGUUAUCUCUUGAACAAAAACAAAACGCGGCUUUAAUAUACAGCAUUUAUUUGUGGCGUUGCACCUAUAGUGACUUGAUAAAUAAUAACAGUAGUUAUGUGUCGUUCAAUACAAACAGAUGCUUCCUCCUCAAGCAAAGGCGGUUUCUGUUCGCGAGUGUUGGCUGUACAUUUAGGGCACUCCGACUAACUCGCGCGGCUACUGAAACGCCUUGCUAUUUGAAAACGUGUAUAUGUUUGUAUGUAAAAACAAAACAAACUCGUAAGACUUCGUAAUUUUUCUUUGAGUUAAUUAGGGAGUCAACCCCCCGUAAUUCGCACCCUGAAGUCAUUUAUUGCGUGUAGUAAUCGCGAUCAUGUCCAGAUCUAACAGCGUGAGCCCACCCGGCGCUGGCGCUCCUGGACUGAGGGGAGGGACGGAGCACAGAUCCGCUUGGGGCGAGUCUGAGUCCGUGGCGAACGGAUGUCCAUACUCGGCCAGAUCCUCCUGCAAAAAGCUCAUACGGUCCAACAGUCGGUGGAGAGAGGACGAUGACUUCGAGCGACAACCGGCCCGAACCACGACCACCGUCAGCCGGGUUAGUUUCAGAUCCAAGUCUGCCUGGCAAGAACACGGGGAGGAGAGCCGCAACAAUAACCGAUCUUCCCCGAAGUACCGAGAUGGAGAAGUGAGACCCAAGUCCGUGGAGCUGGGUUUGGAGGACAGAACCAAGUCCAAACCAGAGGAGGAGCUCAUGCCUGAAGUGAACUUUUCCAUGAGCGCGUGCUGCAGCGGCGUGAUGCAGAUUUUCAAAUCCAAGAAGUUCCAGUCGGAGAAGUUGGAGAGGCUUUACCAGCGCUACUUCUUCCGACUCAACCAGAGCAGCUUGACGAUGCUCAUGGCCGUUCUGGUGCUGGUGUGCGCGGUGAUGCUGGGCUUCCACUGCGCCGGAGAAGUGUGGCGGGUCACUUACGUGGUGGUUUUCUCCACGGCAAUCUUGCUCAUCCUCACGCUGAUUGUCGUGUGCAACAGGAACGGCUUCCAUCAGGAUCACAUGUGGAUAGUUUGCUAUGUGCUCAUUUUGGUGGUGCUGACUUUACAGGUGAUCGGUGUGCUGCUCGUGGAGCCGCGCAGCGCGUCCGAAGGCAUCUGGUGGACCGUGUUUUUCAUCUAUGUCAUUUACACACUUCUGCCGGUGAGGAUGAGAGCAGCGGUCAUCACUGGAAUUAUACUGUCUGCCAUACAUGUGUUGGUCUCAUGGAAGUUAAACGAAAUGGACAUCUUUUUGUGGAAACAGCUUGUGUCCAAUGUCCUGAUCUUCUCCUGCACUAAUAUAGUUGGCGUGUGCACACACUACCCAGCAGAAGGCUCACAGAGGCAAGCCUUCCAGGAGACCAGAGAAUGUAUUCAAGCCCGUCUGCACUCUCAGAGAGAAAACCAGCAACAGGAACGCCUCCUCCUCUCUGUGCUUCCGCGACAUGUCGCCAUGGAGAUGAAAGCUGAUAUAAAUGCCAAACAAGAAGAUAUGAUGUUCCACAAGAUCUAUAUUCAAAAGCAUGACAAUGUGAGUAUCCUCUUUGCCGACAUCGAGGGCUUCACCAGUCUGGCUUCCCAGUGCACGGCCCAGGAGUUAGUGAUGACCCUCAAUGAGCUCUUCGCACGAUUCGACAAACUGGCCGCCGAGAACCACUGUCUGCGGAUUAAGAUCCUGGGAGACUGCUACUACUGCGUGUCCGGUCUGCCCGAGGCCCGUGCUGACCAUGCGCACUGCUGCGUGGAGAUGGGUGUAGACAUGAUCGAAGCAAUCUCGUUGGUGAGGGAAGUCACCGGCGUCAACGUUAACAUGCGUGUGGGGAUACACAGCGGGCGAGUCCACUGCGGGGUGCUGGGAUUAAGGAAGUGGCAGUUUGAUGUCUGGUCCAACGAUGUCACCUUGGCCAAUCACAUGGAAGCUGGGGGCAAAGCAGGGCGUAUUCAUAUCACCAAGGCCACCCUGAACUAUCUGAAUGGUGAUUAUGAUGUAGAACCUGGAUCUGGUGGAGAAAGAAACGUCUAUCUCAAGAAGCACAACAUUGAAACCUACCUCAUUGUGGGCUGCAGUCAGAAGCGGAAAGAAGAAAAGGCAAUGAUUGCUAAGAUGAACCGGCAACGUACCAACUCAGUCACGCAUAAUAGCACUCACUGGACAGACCGGCCCUUCUACAAUCACAUGGGUGGCAAUCAGGUUUCCAAGGAGAUGAAGAGGAUGGGAUUUGAGGAUCCCAAAGACAAACAUUUCAUUUUCAGAAACACGCAAGAAAACCUGAACCCUGAGGAUGAGGUGGACGAGUUUCUGGGCCGUGCCAUUGAUGCUCGAAGCAUCGACCGAUUACGGUCUGAACACGUCAAGAAAUUUCUGCUGACGUUCCGAGAACCUGACCUGGAGAAGAAGUACUCCAAACAGGUAGAUGCCAGGUUCGGAGCAUACGUAGCCUGCGCCUCCCUCGUCUUUUUAUUCAUCUGCUUCAUUCAGAUCGUCAUUGUGCCACACUCUGGGUUGAUGGUUGGCUUCUAUAUGUUGUGCCUCGUCCUCCUGAUGGCCGUCAUGUUCAUCUCAGCCAUUUACUCCUGUUUUGGGUUUUUCCCUGUGCCUCUGCAAACUCUGUCAAAAAGGAUUGUUCAGUCCAGACUCAACAGCACCCUGGUGGGGGUUUUUACAAUCGUCCUGGUCUUUCUCUCAGCUUUCAUUAACAUUUUCACCUGCAGUAUGGAUGACCUGAAGACAUGUUUAGGACAGGAGUUUAACAUCAGCCGCAGUGAUGUGAACACUUGCCAUGUCCGCAACUCUUCUUUCAACUACACUCUCUGGUCUCAGGACAGCCUUUGCAACAGCUCGUCACCUGCCUGCAAUUUCCCAGAGUAUUUCUCUUCAUGUGUGCUGCUCAGUUUACUGGCCUGCUCAGUGUUCCUACAGAUCAGCAGUAUUGGUAAACUCUUCCUCAUGCUCUUCAUUGAGAUCCUGUACGUGCUUAUCAUGGAGGUGCCUGAGGUCAGCCUUUUUGACAAUGUGGACCUACUGGUCAUGGCCAAUGCCAUGGAGAAUAAUGAAUCAAGCUGUGCGAUAGACACCCGGGUUCCUCUAAAGAUCAUGACUCCAGUUGUCAUCACAGUUUUUGUGCUGGCUCUGUACCUUCAUGCACAGCAGGUGGAGUCUACAGCCAGACUAGACUUUCUCUGGAAGUUACAGGCCACAGAGGAGAAGGAGGAGAUGGAAGAACUUCAGGCCUACAACCGUCGGCUUCUCCACAACAUCUUGCCCAAAGAUGUGGCCGCACACUUUCUGGCGCGCGAGCGGCGGAACGACGAGCUGUAUUAUCAGUCGUGUGAAUGUGUGGCUGUCAUGUUUGCCUCUAUCAGUAAUUUCUCGGAGUUCUACGUGGAACUGGAGGCCAAUAAUGAAGGUGUGGAGUGCUUGAGACUCCUCAACGAGAUCAUCGCCGACUUUGAUGAGAUCAUUAGUGAGGAUCAGUUUCGUCAACUAGAAAAGAUCAAAACCAUUGGCAGCACCUACAUGGCCGCGUCUGGGCUUAAUGACUCCACUUAUGAUAAAGCAGGAAGGUCACACAUUCGCGCUCUAGCCGACUACGCUAUGCGCCUCAUGGACCAGAUGAAGUACAUCAAUGAACACUCUUUCAAUAACUUUAAAAUGAAGAUCGGUCUCAAUAUAGGUCCCGUCGUGGCUGGUGUCAUAGGGGCUCGUAAACCGCAAUAUGACAUAUGGGGGAAUACUGUGAAUGUAGCCAGCCGUAUGGACAGCACUGGGGUACCUGAGAGAAUACAGGUCACAACUGACCUCUACCAGGUUCUCAGCUCAUAUAACUACACACUGGAGUGCAGAGGCGUUGUGAAAGUCAAGGGCAAAGGAGAAAUGACAACCUACUUCCUAAAUGGAGGACCCAAAAGCAGUUAACACUCAACGUCUGAUAUUCAGAACAUUUUCGAGAU